CAUAUGUGGAUAUCGUGGACAUGGACAAGUAUGAUUACGAUAAGUACAAGUUUAUCGAUGAUCGUGGAGCUGUUGCAAUCCGAGAAGAUGCAGGACCAAAUGAGCAAGGAGCAGCUUCCGCAAAUCCCAACUGUGAGGUGGGUGAACACGGUGCUAUUGCACAUCCUUUUGUGGUUGAAAUAGACGAUGGCGCUACAGCUUUCCCUCUCACAAUUAGCGUAGAAGACGAAGGAGCAGCUGCAGCAAAUCUCGACCGAGAAGUGGGUGAACACGGUGGUACUGCGCAUCCUUUUGUGGUUGCAAUAGACGGCGGUGUAACAGCUUUCCCCUUCAGAGUUAACGUGGCAGACGAAAGAGCAGCUGCAGCUAAUCUCGACCGUAAAGUGGGUGAACACGGCGCUACUGUGCAUCCUUUUGUGGCUGCGAUAGAAGACGGUGCUAGAGCUUUCCCUCUCGGUAUCAAAGUAGGAGAAGAAAGUGGGGCAGCGCACUCUUUUAAGAGUGAUGAAAAAGAUAUUGAUGCCUCAGCGUACCUUCACGAGAGUGAUACUUUACCAUACCUCAGCGAGAACGAGGAGGAAGAUUUUGAGGACUCUGAGUGCCCUCAUGCGCUUGAGGAAGAAGAUAUUGACGACCCUGAGUGCCCUCUUUUGAUUGAGGAAAAAGAUAUCGAUCUUUUGCCAUCUUCUUUGGAGAUGGACGAUAACGGUCUUGGUACUCUGGUAUGCCCCCCUGUGACUGAUGCUGAUAAUCAAGAUGCUGCAGCAAUACAGUCUGUAAAGGAGGCAAGAGGUGAUGAAGAACCUAAGACUUGCCAACUUGAGAACACAGAGGAUGAACAAGACGAUAUUGGAAAACAUAUGGAGGACCGAGGGGAUGCUGUAGACCUUUGUGAUGAAGAGGUUGGUGUGCAAGAGAGUAAUGGUUAUCAACUAACGGCCGUGGAUACAGACGAAACCGGAAAUGACGAAGACGAGGAGUCAUCCGAAGCAACUCCUUUUGUGCAGGACUGAGGCAUGAUACCAGAAUUGCUG